GUUCUGUGAGAAGACAGGAACAACAAAGAAGAAGGGGUAACCGGGGUGUAAACCUGCUCGACAAAACAAAAUUAAAGAAAAUAUCUACUGUUCAUAGUAGGGUAAAAGAGUUUGGUUUGCAUGUGAGGACAAGUGUCAACCGAGCCAACCAUGGCGAACAAUGUAGAGGAUAUUGAAAGCAAUAUGGACCAACAGCAGACUAAUUCAGCCCCAGAACCCACCCAGCAACAACAGGAGGCUGCGGUGAACAGAGUGCGGUCCAGAGGAGGGUCUGGGGCUGGAGAAGGUGAUGGUGGAGGAGGAGGUGGCAACAGUAGCGGCCCAGAGCAGAAUGGGCAGCCCCCAACCGCUCGUCCCCCACAAGUGGUGGAAACUGAGGAAGAUGAGGAUGAGGAGAUGACCCUGAAAUAUGGGGCUAAACAUGUCAUCAUGCUCUUUGUUCCGGUGACACUCUGCAUGGUGGUUGUUGUGGCAACCAUAAAGUCUGUCAGCUUCUACACCCAGAAUGAUGGGCAGAGAUUGAUCUACACUCCAUUCCCCGAAGACACAGACACAGUAGCACAGAGAGCCGUCAACUCCAUCCUGAAUGCCACCAUCAUGAUCACUGUGAUCAUCGUCAUGACUUUGGUGCUGGUGCUCCUAUACAAGUAUCGUUGCUACAAGGUGAUACAAGGCUGGCUCUUCCUCUCCUCCCUCCUUUUGCUCUUCUUCUUCUCUUACAUCUACCUCAAAGAGGUUUUCAAGACCUACAAUGUGGCCAUGGACUACUUCACCUUGGCGAUAAUAAUUUGGAAUUUCGGAGUGGUGGGCAUGAUGUGUAUUCACUGGAAAGGACCUCUGCGGCUCCAGCAGGCCUACCUCAUCAUGAUCAGCGCCCUCAUGGCCCUGGUUUUCAUCAAGUAUCUGCCAGAGUGGACCGCCUGGCUCAUAUUAGCCGUUAUAUCUGUCUACGAUCUGUUGGCGGUGCUCUGUCCUAAAGGACCUCUGAGGAUUCUUGUUGAGACGGCCCAGGAGAGAAAUGAACCCAUUUUUCCAGCUCUUAUCUACUCCUCUACAAUGGUGUGGCUUGUCAACAUGGCAGACACCGACAGGCCAAAGACAAACUCAACAGAAGCAGGUUCGCCUCAGCAAGACCCUACAGAAGUAGCAGUGGCGUCUCCGGCACCCUCGAGUCUGUCACAGGACGAUGGAGGCUUCACCUCCUCCUGGGUCAACCAGCAGCAGCAUCAGCUGGGACCACUUCAGUCCACCGAGGAGAGCAGACGGGAGAUCCAGCAGAUGCCAUCUGCCCGUCCCCCUGUUGAAGAAGAUGAUGAGGAGAGGGGCGUCAAGCUGGGGCUUGGAGACUUCAUCUUCUACAGCAUGCUGGUGGGAAAGGCCUCGGCUGCAGCCAGCGGUGACUGGAACACCACGCUCGCCUGCUUCGUUGCCAUCCUCAUUGGCUUGUGUCUCACCCUGCUCCUCCUCGCCAUCUUCAAGAAAGCUCUGCCUGCUCUGCCCAUCUCCAUUUUUUUCGGCCUGGUCUUUUAUUUCGCCACAGACAACUUGGUACGGCCCUUCAUGGACCAGCUGGCGCUACACCAGUUCUACAUUUAGCAGGAUGCAGCCCCAAUAACACCUCACCCACAUAGCUCUCCGGCCUUCAAUACGAGAGCGCUCCCUUCACAGCCAGGGGGAACAAAGAAUGAUGCAGCGGCCCCUCAUCCAACCCUUUCACACACACACACCCUCCUCUUAAGAACCCAUGAUGCCGGGACUCAACUUGUUUUUGCUCUGCCUUUCUUUUCUGGCGCCAAGAGAGGGUAUUCCCCCACAGCAGCUGUUCUUAAAUAUUUUAUUUCACUUUUAAAGCAAGAAGUGACAUUUCUUCUCACCCAACGUGGGACCUCAGCUUCAAUUUGUUUGUCGACCAGCAGUCUCAGGCACAAUCCAGACUUGGUGGGAUUAUUUUAUCCGUAUUUAUGCAGGGCCGCUUUACAAGAGCCAGUCUCCCUGUUUCAUUUUCAUACAUUCAUAUGUGGGAGCUGCCCAGUACAACCACAGUCUUCUACAGCUGGGGCUUUACUGCAGGUGCCUUCCUCAGGGACACCAAGGUUGUAGCUAUUGAGAGAAGGGAGACUAUUUCAUGAAAUUUCUCUUCAGAGACUUAAAUCCAUCAUCGUUCUUAUCACAAGUCCAUUUUUUUACUGCUUGUGAGAACCAUCACAAACUAAACCCGACAUUACAAAGCCUUCAUCAAACUACGGGACGAUCACUGGUGAUAGAAAUGUAUAGUUUGUGUAUGAGAUGUCAGUCACCAGAGCGUGCUUUCCUCACUGCUGUUAAGAAUAGUUAAAAUGGUCUUUUUUUUCUUUUUACACUUCAGACUCUAAACUCAAAGAGCUGAAGCUGGACUGAUUUACACCCACAAAGACGCCUGCUGCUUUUUCCAUAAUGUGGAAAGUGAAAUAAUUUUAUCUGUAGAAUUGAAUUAUGGGUUUCAUCAUGAAAUUUCACCAUGUUUUCUGCCCUCAGUGUCACAUUUGAACUCACAGCAUGAAGAGGGAGGAAGGGACGCACAGCGACACAUUCACACUCAAAAAAAUCGUUAGCCACGUUAGCCACCGAGCAUUUCUGCUGGAGCAGUUGGAGGUUCAGUGCCUUGCUCAAGGGCAUUUCAAUGUUGUUGUUGUUGUUACUGUGUGACAGAAAUUCAUUCAUUUGAUGUCUAUUUCCGCUUCUUCCUGUUGGGUUUGCGGGAAGCUGAAGCUUAGCUCAGCUGUCAUAGUGUGUGACAGAGAUGAGCUUUUCAUUUUUCAUUCUCUUCCCAACUUUAUAAUUAUUAAUAAAUAAUUUCUUUGUUUCCACAACCUGUCCAGGGAUUGUAACCUGUGAUCAUCUGGUCACAAACCCCAAACCUUUAGGCUACAGCUGCCCUCAUGAUGCUCGCCUGGUGCUGUUUGGAACUAUGCCACAUCAAACACUGAAGUAUUUUCAGCUAUACACAGUUAAUUUCAUGUUUUGUUUUGUUUGCUUUGUUUUUGCUUUUUCAAAAUGUGCUGAUGAAGCUUUUUGGGUUGAAGUAUUUGGUUUCAGCUAGAUGAUAAAAAAAAAAAAAAUCUGAACGUUUGAAAAGAUUGUGUGAAAUUGCUUUGCAGAUGUCGAUUAUUCAGUUCUGCUAAACGAGGGAGUAGAUCUCGUUUAAUUUGAUGCUUAAUUUGUCAACAUUUUUGAUUCUGUAAUCUGAACCGAGCGGGCGUUAUUAGCUGAACUGCCUGUUUUUAAUCAUAUUAAAACUAAAACAAAAAGCUUAAGUGUAAAUUGAAAACAAAAAAAAGAGGCAAACUCUGUGGAUAAGCUGAAAAGCUGAAUGAGACAAUGGACCAGCUGCACUGAUCGCUCUUUUGUUGUUGCACUCAAGUUUCAUGCUUGCAGAGAGACGAAUCCCAGAAAGAACAAUAUAGUAAAAUGUGUUCUGCUUCUUUUCCUUUCCUCUUUUGUUUAUAGGGAAGGUGUUGGGUGACUGGCUUUUUUUUUUUUUUCAUUUUCCUGUCCUUCAAAUGCAUAUGUGUGUUAUGCUAGGUUGUUCUGAUUCAGAUCCUGUUCUUUUUUUUUUUGUUGUUUUUUUUUUUAAUAAAAAUGAAACAGAAAACAUGA